CGCGAACAUUACCGUAAGCGAUGCGUCCCCAAGUUAAAGUAGAACUACAACGGCUACAAUCUGAAGGCGUAAUCAUGCCUGUACAACACUCGGGUUGGUGUAUCCCAAUUGUUCCUGUACUCAAACCCGACGGUACCAUUCGCAUCUGUGGAGACUAUAAGUUAACUGUCAAUCAAGCUGCUAAAGUGGAAAGGUAUCUUUUGCCACGCAUCGAAGAUUUGUACUCUACAUUAUCCGGUGGCCAAAAUUUUCUAACAUUGAUCUUACUCACGCAUAUUCUCAAUUGGAACUUGAUGUGGACUCACUCGAAUUCACCACCAUAAUUACAAGUCCUGGAC